GCCUCGACGGCGGCGUGUAUAGGCUCGCAUUUGUCCCACUCGCUGUGGCUGGGAGCUGCUUAGAACACAUGCCUGAGGCAUGGAACUCAUUAUGCACUGAUCGACAGUUUGCGGGCAACUAGCAUCGAUGGGAGAGCGCUCUGGCUAUUGAGAUGGAGGGAACUGUGUAUAGCUCCUGCACAUUGUCUCUCGCCUCCAGUACGCUGGUGUCGUCCGACUCGACAUGGCCAAUAUCAUGGCCAAUCUCGAAGUCAACGCCCCAUUCCUCGUCGCCUUUCAGCAACGCUACGACAAGUUCACCCCAGAAGAACUCGCAUGCUUUCGAUCCUGCUCGCUCGAAGACAUCGUGGUCUACCUCAAAACCAUUGACCGCGCGCAUAAAGCAGGGAGCCGCACCCGGCGCUGCGUCGAACGUUUGGGCGCGAUCCUUCAAGGAUUGCAACGGUUCUUUGCGACCGUCGAUACGCUCGUCUCUUCGCAUCCAGACGUCGCGGCACUCGUGUGGGGAGGGCUGCGCUUCAUCAUUGCAGUCGCCCAGCGCGCCCCAAGAUACUUCCAAGCAAUCACCAUGGUUCUGGAACGCAUCGCGCACGAUCUACGCUAUUUCGACGAUUACGCCACCAAGAUGUACGUAGGCCACGUCCACGUUCAAGACGCGCUCGCCAAGGUCUACGGCGACAUCCUGGACAUCUGCUGCAUCGUCCGUCGCACUUUCAUAACCAAGUCCGGCCGCCCUCGUCACUCUGCAGCAUUGCUGCUGCUCACGCUCAGUCCUUUCAAUACCAAGCUUGAGGGUGUCCUCGACAGAUUCGACUGCCAUCGGAAGGCUCUCGAGCGGGAAACGCUGCAUAGCGAUAGGCAGCAGUUCGUGAUGGAGCGAGACGCGCAGAAGCGAUUCAGGCUGCUCGCCCGAAGACGGCUUCGUUCCCUUGACAUAGCCGUGCGAAGGACUGAAAGCGAUGCAACGCUGUCAAUAGGCCAUCGAGAAGUUUUUUUUUUUGACCCAAUGCGUUCAUAAUUAAGAACAUACCGCCCGUACCGACAGCCUGGACAGCGAAGACGAACUGGACCUGACUGCGGAAGCGGAAGAGUAGCGCGAAC